AUGCACCUCCACCUUCACCCUGUUCUUCUGAUUGUGGCGGCUGAGGAGGAGCGAGGGAGGGAGAUCAAACUGCGCGCCAUGGGUUUCCCUUUACGCUUCUUAUCAUCAUUGUCGUUGUGCCUCUUGGCCCUCCUCCUCCACCGGGCCACGGUGACAAGUGGGUGUUUCAGCAUGGAGAGGGAGGCACUGUUGGACUUCAAAGCCGGCAUCCACGACACCCAUAACCGGCUAUCUUCUUGGGUAGGACAAGACUGCUGCGCAUGGGCGGGGGUCAUCUGUCGCGCCACCACUGGCCACGUCUUCAAGCUGGACCUCCGGAACACGAAUACGCUUGAUGGGGCAUUACGCGGUGAGAGGAUGAACUCGUCAUUACUUGCUUUAUCUCAUCUGAGGCACUUGGAUCUUAGCUUCAAUGAUUUCAGCGGAAUCCGUAUACCGGAAUUCAUCGGCUCCUUCAAGAAACUGAGAUACCUCAAUCUAUCUUCUACAUAUUUCAUGGGAGGAAUACCUGCUCGGCUGGGGAACCUUUCGAGCCUCUACGUUCUUGAUCUAAGCGAUGCUUUAUACGUCGAUGAUUAUGGCGACGGAUAUCCCGUCGACAACCUCGACUGGCUCUCCCAUCUCACGUCCUUGAAGCACCUGGACUUGAGCGGGUUGAACCUAACCGGUGUCCCAGAUUGGUUCUCAUCCGUGAACAUGCUGCCUUCCCUCCAAGUGUUAAGUAUGUCUUCCGUUGGUCUCGAUACCAUCCCAGCUUCUGUUGUCCAUGUCAACUUCACCUACUCUCUUACCGUCCUCGAUCUCUCCUUCAAUAGUUUCAGCUCCACCUUACCCAAAUGGUUGGGGAACGUCAGCGGUCUCACCUCCCUUGGCCUUUCCUCUAGUGACUUCCGGGGCACUAUUCCCGAUGCGAUCGGAGACCUGAGCUCUUUGACCUUUCUCAAUCUAGGAAAUAAUUUUCUGCUCGAGGGAAUCGUGCCAAGAUCCAUGGCAAAUCUCCGCAGGCUAAAAGAAUUAGAUUUGUCGGUCAAUCAAUUAUCAGGAACUUUGACCGGUUGGCUCGAGCAACUCACAAACCUCAUCGUUUUGAACCUCAGCUACAACUUAUUCAAUGGCUCCGUGCCUGCAUCCGUCGGAAAGUUCUCUAAUCUCACCGGACUUUAUCUCGGUGGGAAUUCUCUCGGAGGUGUCAUUUCGGAAGCUCAUUUUGAGAGUCUCACAAAAUUACGAGUGUUGGACUUGUUCGACAACUCCAUCACCGUAUCUAUUGGCCAGAGUUGGGUCCCACCUUUCCAACUCAGAGUUAUAUAUCUAAGCAAUUGUCAUCUCGGGCCUCAAUUCCCCGAGUGGCUACGGUUCCAAACGCAGACCCAAGAAUUGACGAUGCACGAUUGUAAAAUUGCAGCAACGAUCCCUAAUUGGUUUUGGAACUUUUCAUCUUCCACCGUCACACUCGUAGACCUCUCCGACAACCGAAUAGGAGGAAGGUUGCCAUCUUCUUUGUCGUUCGCCAGGUUGGAAGAAUUAUAUUUGGACUCCAACAUAUUUGAAGGUCCAUUGCCGGCGAUGCUGCCGUCCGCACUCGACACCCUAUAUCUCUCCAAUAAUUCUUUUACGGGGCAAUUGCCGGUAUGGCCGCAUGUUAGCUUGGCGUUGCUCUCGAACAACAUGCUCGAUGGUGACAUAUCUUCAUCGAUCUGCCGAUGGACGUAUCUGCGAUACCUUGUCCUCUCCGGCAACAAUUUAUUUGGUGAAAUCCCUUAUUGUUUGGGGGAGUCAUUGCAAAAUCUUUCUAUAUUGAGUUUGGCCAACAAUCAUUUUUCCGGUGAAAUUCCAAACACGAUUGGUUUCUUAACAGAGCUCAAACUAUUACAACUGAAAAACAACAGUUUUUCAGGUGAGCUUCCUUUGUCAUUGCAAAAUUGUACAAAUCUACAAUUUCUUGAUCUUGCUCAAAAUAAUUUUGUCGGAAGUAUUCCGCUUUGGAUGGGAGAAAAUUUAUCACAAUUGGCGGUCCUUCGCCUACGUUCAAAUAUGUUUUCUGGAGACAUCCCUUGGCAACUAGCACAACUUGGACGACUUCAAAUAUUGGAUCUUGCGAAUAAUAAUUUCUCAGGUUCCAUUCCCCACAACUUUGGUAAUUUUAGUACCAUGGCAUCAACUUCAGACAAUGGUACAUUUAUUUAUGACUUGUUCGAUAUAUCUACGAAGGGACAAGAUCUUUUUUAUAUAAAAGAUUUAGAUCUUUUGAAAACUCUAGAUCUUUCAAACAAUAGACUAAUCGAAGAGAUCCUGAUGGAAUCGGAGACCUUGCAGGACUCAAGAACUUCAAUUUAUCGAGAAAUCAUUUAG